AUGUGGGAUGAUGUUCAUCUGGACGAGAAAUGGUUCAAUGCGGACAUCGAUCGACGAAAAGUUUACCUUGUGAAUGGCCAGCGACGCGCUGCCAAAACCAAGGAGUUCUUCGCAAAGGUCAUGUUCCUUACGGUGGUCGCGCGUCCUCGGCACGACUACGAGCGAGGGUUCAGUUUCGAAGGGAAGAUCGGGAUGUGGCCCUUCGACAGAUACUUGCCUACCCUCCGAAACUCCCGCAACCGCCCAAUUGGCGCGCUCGAGGCUACAUUGGUGAACGUUGAUGCUGCUGUGUACCGUGAAUUUAUGACGACUCGAGUCGUACCUGCUAUCAAGGCUCUGUUCCCAAGCGCUAACCAGCGCGUGGUCUACCAGCACGACAACCCCACGCCACACCGUGCUAUCACCAACGAGGAGGUCUUGGCGAGCGUCUCCACUGAUGGGUGGACGUUUGUCGAGCGGCGCCAACCACCCAACAGCCCGGACCUGAACGUUCUUGAUCUUGGCUUUUUUUGCGUCGAUCCAGUCGCACGAUACAAAAUGGUGAGUCGCUCAAUCGAUGGCGUGAUUCUCUCGACCUUGGCGGCCUUCCAGGCGCUCUCAUCGGAGAAGAUCGAGAACGUGUACCUAACGCUUCAGAUAGUCAUGUGCUUGGUGAUUGAACACAAUGUCGGCAAUCAGUUUCGCUUACCUCAUUUGAAGAAGGAUGAUCUGCGACGUGCCGGGACCUUCAUAAUCAAGGUUACCUGCCCAGCAACCUUGUUGGCCCAGUGA